UUCUUGGAUGGAUGAUGAUGUAUUGCUAAAUAUGGUUCAAAAUACUGGUAAAGAACUCUUGAACCCAACGGGGUUGGUCCUGAAGAAGACCCGAAGCAGCAUCGACAACCGAUCAACAGUAUAUUGCGCCAAGCAUAGGAUAUCUGAUGAUGGAAAAUGGACACAGGGAGUCGAGUCCAAAUUUAUAAGCUUGGCUACUCAGACUGAGGAUAUACCGUCGGGGGAGCUGUCCGUCAAGGUGGGGCCAGAAACUCGGAUGGUAUUCGAUGAGAACAGCCAGCUGAAGUUCACUUGCAGCGGCAGCGCCCCUGUCGACGGCAGGAUUUUGAGAUGGUUCAGAAAAGACCGCAGUUACCGUGAUCCUAUAAGCCUUGAAAACCAAAAUUACGAUCCGACCACCAACACCAACGAUUUAGAACUAACUCUGGACGAGUCUUACGACAAAAACCUGCUGUUCUGUGCUCAAGGGUAUCAAUAUUCUAUCCAACAUAACGGUACAACGAUAAUUAAGAAUUAUGGAGAUUCAGUGAGAUCAGAAGACAUCGUUCUUGUUAUGAAGAGAGAGUGCUCGGCGGGGCAACGCGUGUCGAUGUGGCCAGGGAUGGCGAUGGUUGCGGUGGUAUCGACCUACGUGACGGCGUGA